GCCAUGCGAUCGAUUGAUAUUCUGUACCGAUAUGCUGAAGAGGACGCACAAAAAGAUGAGCAGAUUUCUGAACCUGGCACAGACGAUGAAGGCACAACGACCAUUCACCUUCCCGUUCCCACGGAAAUUGCAAGACUGUUAGAUGGAUCCGAUACAUCACUGUCCUCGAAGAAGAACGACACGUCACUCCGCGUGCCAAAAAUAUUGUUUGCAGUGGAUCAGGGAGAGGAUCACACUUCUGAGCAUUUUGCAAAAGACGUUCCCGGUUCAGUUGCCUCCGUGGCCUGGAUGGUCAUACUUGGUGAUGGCUUGCACAAUUUCACGGACGGAAUGGCCAUCGGUGAGUGA